GCUGGAGCUUUAAGAGCCGCUCCCCCCCUUCCUCCUCCCGACAAUGGUCUGAACCGAGCUCUGCUUCCCAAAGCAAAAUUUGUAAUAUGCCAUUUUUCCCAUGGAUGCUUCUCCUCUUGGCUGCUGACGAAGUGACCGAAGAAAAUGUUGAGGUGCCAAGCAGCGAGACUUGCCGGAGGACGGGUGCGGGGGCUUGGGGUUCCUCGGAGCAACGCCUGUGUCACCAUUUCUAGGAAGAUGGUCCAGGAGUGCUCGGCUGUGUGAGUCCCCGCUCGAAGCCGGUGGAGACUGCGGUUGUUAUUGAUCAAGUGAAAUAGCAGACGCCGAAAUAAAAGAUACUAGAAAUGAUGUGUGAAGUGAUGCCAACGAUAAACGAGGACACCCCGAUGAGUCAACGGGGGUCCCAAAGCAGUGGCUCGGACUCGGAUUCUCAUUUUGAGCAGCUGAUGGUGAACAUGCUGGAUGAAAGGGACCGUCUCCUGGAUACCCUUCGGGAGACACAGGAAAGCUUGUCACUUGCGCAGCAACGCCUACAGGAUGUCAUCUACGACAGAGAUUCCCUCCAGCGACAGCUGAACUCAGCACUGCCUCAGAUGACGGUUGCUGCUGGUACGAGCAUUGAGAAUAACAUUCAAAGGACCAUAUCCUGCCCUAAUGAAUUUGCUGCACUGACUAAAGAAUUAAAUGCAUGCAGGGAACAGCUGCUUGAAAAAGAGGAAGAGAUUUCAGAACUAAAGGCUGAAAGAAACAACACAAGACUGUUACUGGAGCAUUUGGAGUGCCUUGUCUCGAGACACGAAAGAUCCCUGAGGAUGACAGUGGUGAAACGGCAAGCACAGUCUCCCUCAGGAGUUUCCAGUGAAGUUGAGGUCCUCAAAGCCCUGAAAUCUCUGUUUGAGCACCACAAGGCUUUGGAUGAAAAGGUAAGGGAACGACUGAGGGUUUCUUUAGAAAGAGUCUCUGCACUGGAAGAAGAACUAGCUGCUGCUAACCAGGAGAUUGUAGCUUUGCGUGAACAAAAUGCACACAUUCAAAGGAAAAUGGCAGCUGGGGAAGGGUCUGCUGAAUCAGAGCAUAUUGAAGGAAUGGAGCCAGGGCAAAAGGUUCAUGAAAAGCGCCUAUCCAAUGGCUCAAUAGACUCAAAUGAUGAAGCCAGUCAAGUUAUUGAGCUUCAGGAGCUGUUGGAAAAGCAAAACUAUGAAAUGGCACAGAUGAAGGAACGUUUGGCUGCACUGUCUUCUCGGGUGGGAGAGGUAGAGCAGGAAGCAGAGACAACAAGAAAGGAGCUCAUUAAAACAGAGGAAAUGAACAGUAAAUAUCAGAGAGACAUUAGAGAGGCAAUGGCACAAAAGGAGGAUAUGGAAGAAAGAAUAACUACACUGGAGAAGCGCUACCUCAGUGCUCAGAGAGAAUCCACCUCCAUACACGACAUGAACGACAAGCUGGAAAACGAGCUGGCCAACAAGGAAGCCAUCCUGCGCCAGUUGGAAGACAAAAACAGGCAGCUGCAAGAGCGUCUCGAGCUGGCUGAGCAGAAGCUGCAGCAGACGAUGAGGAAAGCUGAAACCUUACCUGAAGUGGAGGCUGAACUGGCUCAGAGAAUUGCAGCUUUGACUAAGGCAGAAGAAAGGCAUGGAAACAUUGAGGAACGUAUGAGACACUUAGAAGCUCAACUUGAAGAGAAGAAUCAGGAACUUCAAAGAGCAAGGCAAAGAGAAAAAAUGAAUGAGGAGCACAACAAAAGAUUAUCGGAUACUGUAGACAGACUUUUGACAGAAUCCAAUGAGCGUCUGCAACUACACUUGAAAGAGAGAAUGGCAGCACUGGAAGAAAAGAAUGUUUUGAUUCAAGAAUCUGAAAGUUUCAGGAAAAAUCUGGAAGAGUCCUUACAUGAUAAGGAGAGACUCGCCGAAGAAAUUGAGAAACUGAGGUCUGAACUGGAUCAAAUGAAGCUGAGGGCUGGUUCUUUAAUUGAACCCACCUUGUCAAGACCUCAUCUGGACACAUCAACAGAGCUGAGGUACUCAGUGGGCUCACUGGUUGAUAGCCAGUCUGACUAUCGGUCAACUAAAGUGAUAAGGCGACCUAGAAGAGGCCGGAUGGGAGUACGCAGAGAUGAACCAAAGGUAAAAUCGCUUGGUGAUCACGAGUGGAACAGGACGCAGCAGAUCGGUGUCCUGAGCAGCCAUCCGUUCGAAAGCGACACCGAGAUGUCGGACAUCGAUGAUGAUGACAGAGAAACGCUGUUCAGCUCCAUGGACCUGCUGUCACCAAGUGGCCAUUCUGAUGCCCAGACCCUGGCCAUGAUGCUCCAGGAGCAGCUAGAUGCAAUCAAUAAAGAAAUCAGGUUAAUCCAAGAAGAGAAAGAGUCGACAGAAUUGCGUGCUGAAGAGAUAGAGAACAGAGUGGCCAGUGUGAGUCUGGAAGGCUUAAACCUAGCCAGAGUCCACCAAGGGACCUCCAUUACUGGCUCAGUGACAGCAUCGUCCCUUGCAAGCUCAUCUCCUCCCAGCGGACACUCAACUCCCAAACUCACCCCUCGCAGUCCAGCCAGGGAAAUGGACAGAAUGGGUGUUAUGACACUGCCAAGUGACCUAAGGAAGCAUCGGAGAAAGAUUGCAGUAGUUGAAGAAGAUGGGCGUGAAGAUAAAGCCACAAUCAAAUGUGAAACUUCUCCUCCUCCAACACCCAGAGCCAUCAGGAUGACUCAUACCCUUCCUUCUUCGUACCACAACGAUGCCAGAAGUAGUUUGCCUGCUUCGCUGGAGCCAGAAAGCAUUGGUCUUGGCAGUGUCAGCAGCAGCCAGGACUCCCUGCACAAAGCUCCUAAGAAGAAAGGAAUCAAGUCUUCAAUAGGACGAUUGUUUGGUAAAAAAGAGAAGGCUCGACUUGGACAGCUCAGAGGUUACAUGGAAACAGAGGCAGCAGCUCAGGAAUCUCUGGGAUUAGGCAAACUUGGAACACAAGCAGAAAAGGACAGAAGACUAAAGAAAAAACAUGAACUUCUGGAAGAGGCUCGGAGGAAAGGUUUGCCUUUUGCACAGUGGGAUGGACCGACAGUGGUUGCCUGGCUGGAGCUCUGGCUAGGGAUGCCAGCCUGGUACGUCGCUGCCUGCCGUGCCAACGUGAAGAGCGGAGCUAUCAUGUCUGCUUUGUCCGACACUGAGAUUCAGAGAGAAAUUGGAAUCAGCAAUCCUCUCCAUCGCCUAAAACUCCGAUUAGCAAUCCAGGAGAUGGUAUCAUUGACAAGUCCAUCAGCACCUCCAACGUCCAGAACACCCUCAGGCAAUGUCUGGGUGACCCAUGAAGAAAUGGAAAAUCUUGCUGCUCCAGCUAAAACGAAAGAGUCUGAAGAAGGCAGUUGGGCUCAGACCCUGGCUUAUGGUGACAUGAACCAUGAAUGGAUAGGUAACGAAUGGCUGCCCAGCCUGGGUUUACCUCAGUACCGGAGUUAUUUCAUGGAAUGCCUGGUGGAUGCGAGGAUGUUAGACCACCUGACAAAGAAAGAUCUGCGUGUGCACCUCAAAAUGGUGGAUAGUUUCCAUCGAACAAGCUUGCAAUAUGGAAUCAUGUGUUUAAAGAGGUUGAAUUAUGAUAGAAAAGAACUGGAAAAGCGAAGAGAAAUGAGUCAGCAUGAAAUAAAAGAUGUGCUGGUAUGGAGCAAUGAUCGAGUCAUACGCUGGAUACAAGCCAUUGGUCUCCGAGAAUAUGCAAAUAAUAUUCUAGAAAGUGGUGUACAUGGUUCACUUAUAGCACUGGAUGAAAAUUUUGACUACAGCAGUUUAGCUUUAUUAUUACAAAUUCCAACACAAAACACACAGGCACGGCAGAUCCUUGAGAGAGAAUACAACAACCUUUUAGCACUAGGAACUGAAAGACGACUUGAGGAAAGCGAUGACAAGAACUUCAGGCGCGGCCCCUCCUGGCGACGGCAGUUCCCGCCACGCGAGGUCCAUGGGAUCAGCAUGAUGCCAGGCGCGUCAGAAACGCUGCCCGCAGGAUUCCGGCUCACCACCACAUCCGGCCAGUCGCGGAAGAUGGCCAGUGAUGUUGCUUCAUCACGACUGCAGAGGUUAGACAGCUCAACAGUUCGCACAUACUCAUGCUGACAAGGCCUAGCAAAGAAGCCAGCACUGAAUUGUUAUGUCAUCUCUUUCUUCUACUUUACCUGAAGUGCACUACCACUACUUAGGAAAAGAGCAUUAAAACUCUGUGCAAGAACAGGUUAAUAGAGAAGAGAACACAUAAUGUUUAUCAUACAAACAGAUAUGAUGUUCCUUUCAUGUACUGGUUAGUUUAAAACAUGAAUAAAAAAUACCUAAAUUACUAAAGAAAACAAAACAAAACAAUCUCCCCCUUUUCUCUCAGCAUCUCUGUCAUCAAAAAUUUGACAGUAGUGCACAUCCAAAGCUUUUAUCAAAUGAAGCCACUCAUCUUUACAUUGUUACAUCUGUUUUAUUGUAAAAUACUAGACAUUUACGUAUUUACUGUGUAUGUAUUUCUUUUAAAAUGUGUAAGUCUUAUGUAAAUGGAUAUAAAUAUGAUUUUUUAAAAAUGAAAUCUAUGGUACAUGGGGUCUCAGUGCAAACAUUUGACAAUACAGUGUCAAUAAUACCGUUUGUAUCUUUCCAUUCCACCAUUUUUACAGUUUUUGGAUUGUAACAGUCAAAUUGAUAUGUUUAGCAGAGUUAGAAGCUUCAACAUGUUCCUACUGAGAAAAAUCUGUCAAUAUUUAAAGCUGAACACCUGCCUCUGAUGAUGUAUAAUAGAAUGACACAACCUGGAACUGAAGCCAAAAUGGACCUCUAAAGACAAAAUGGACAUGUUAGAUACCUACAGAGAAGCACCGUGAUGGCUCACCUCUUAAAAACAAACACAUAAAUCCAGAAGAACUGUUUAUAAAAAAAUAAAAAGCAAUUUAAUAAAACAUGAUUUGUACAAAAAACCCAAAAACUUUCUUCUAUAUUACCUGCGGACCAAGAAGAAUCUUGCUUUACCAAGAGCCACCUUUUCGUUCCAGGAUCUUCAAACACCAGCCAGCAUUGGAAAAAUAAAUCUAGUAUUUGCAUAGAAUCAGAUUCUUCUUUCCAGAUAUAUUCAGCAAAGAAAAAGAAAGAAAAAAGAAGCCAACCCCCACCAUUUCUUCAUUCUAACAGGGCAUUAGACAGGCUCCUGUCUAAUGUUAUGCUUUUAGCCAAGAUGGCCUUGCUGAGACUUCACAAAAGUCAGUUUUAUCAGAGGAAAUAACUGAAAGACAGAGUGAUUAAUAUUUAGUGUAUAAAAGUUUAGAAGAGCAACUAUUACCUGCUGUGGCUUUAUUUGGUGGUGUUAUUGUUGUUUAUUCUUUGUUUAAAUGGGAAGUUUCAAAGUAAGACCUACUUAAUAGUCAUUUACCUAUUUGCUAUUUUUCAGCUGCUUGAUCUUAGCUCAAGACCUGUCUUUUAGUUAUUUCUUUUAGCAGUUUGAUCUGCAAUGUUUGCACGUACAUUAACAUUUGUUUUGUCUAUUUUUAUUUGGCAAACUUCGGUCAAUCAGAUGGUGAAAGAUUUUUCUCCCCCAAUGUCAAUAAAAAAGAGAAUUCAGUGCUA